GUGUGGCCUAAACGGCGCCGCUGUUGCUGCCGAGUGCUAGUAACAUCUGCUUCAUGAGGGGCUGCUUUCACAUCCAAAAGACCUCUUUUCUAGUAGUUUUACCCACUUUUACUUCCCACCGCUGCUCCUGAGCCAACAUGCCGCCGAAGAAACCGCCCCAGCCCGCGGGGAAUAAAAAAACUCAGGAGAAGAAAAAGGAAAAGAUCAUUGAGGACAAGACUUUUGGUUUGAAGAACAAGAAAGGGGCCAAGCAGCAGAAGUUCAUUAAGAACGUUACUCAGCAAGUCAAGUAUGGACAGCAAAGUGCCAGACAGGCCGAUGCAGACAAGACGAGUAAGAAGGCCGAUAAGAAGAAAGAGCUGGACGAACUCAACGAGCUGUUUAAACCUGUAGUGGCGGCCCAGAAAGUCAGCAAAGGCGUCGAUCCAAAGUCGGUGCUGUGUGCGUUCUUCAAGCAGGGCCAGUGUACCAAAGGUGACAAGUGUAAGUUCAGCCAUGACUUGUCCAUGGAAAGAAAAUGUGAGAAGAGAAGCGUUUAUGUGGAUGAAAGAGACGAGGACUUGGAAAAAGACACUAUGGAGAACUGGGAUGAGAAGAAGCUGGAGGAAGUGGUCAACAAAAAGCACGGAGAGGCUGAGAAGAAGAAGGCCAAAACUCAGAUUGUAUGUAAGUACUUCCUGGAAGCCAUAGAGAAUAAUAAGUAUGGCUGGUUCUGGGUGUGUCCAGCGGGGGGCGACACAUGCAUGUACCGACAUGCCCUGCCGCCUGGCUUCGUUCUGAAAAAGGACAAAAAGAAGGAGGAGAAAGAUGAGGGGAUCUCACUAGAGGAGCUGAUAGAGAACGAGCGUGCAGCUCUGGGUGCAAACGUAACUCGGAUCACACUGGAGACGUUCCUUGCUUGGAAGAAGAGGAAAAGGCAGGAGAAGGUGGACAAGGCGAGGGAGGAGAUGGAGAAGAAGAAAGCAGAUUUUAAAGCUGGAAAGUCGCUAGUGGUGAGCGGCCGUGAAGUGUUCGAGUUCCGCCCAGAGCUGAUUGAGGAUGACGACGAUGAAGCUGAUGAUUCUCGUUAUGAUUAUGAAAUGAAGGACGAUGAUGAUGAGGAGGAAGAGGUUGAUGCUACAAAUAUCCAGGACAUAGACCUAUCCCGUUUUAUUCCCCAAGAGGUGGACAAUACAGGCAUCACUGUAGCGUCUACAGACCGAUUCAGCUCCAGAACGCAGGCAAACGCAGCUAAAGAGGAUCCUGAGGAGCAGCUGAACGGUGCGUGUGGUGGCGUUGAAUCCAACGGCCUUCCAGGAGCAGAGGGAGAGGAGGAAAAUGGAGAAGUGGAUGAUGAAGAAGAGGUACCGGUGGAUGAAAACUUGUUCACGGGAGAAGAUUUGGAGGAGCUGGACGAGGAGCUGAACACAUUGGGUCUGGAAGACUGAAGGAGCGUGUGAGGAGGAGUUGGGAUGGACUAGUGGAACUAGUGAUGGAUGCAUGGAGCUACACAUCAAAGAGACCAGACGUUUGAUUUUAACUUUCAGAGACUCCAGUAAUAAAGGCUGAUUCUGUCACAUCACUGCCCGUCUCCGCAUCAGCCCUCAGCAGCAUGGCCGUGCUCUUCAGGCGGACUCACGGCCGGUCCUGUCGGCGUCCAUCUGACGGUUUCCAUUCAAAGAUUGUCCACAUUUGGUUGCCAGACAAACUUUGCUGGUUUUCACUAAACCUUCAUUUAAUUGGACUUGCUUUGCUUUUGUACCUCCUCAGUUUAGUGUUGCAUUCUGUGAUUUUCACACAGAUUACAGGAUUUAAAGUUCUAACGUCACAAACCUGAGACAUCUUUAUACUCGCAGGAGAAAAGAGCAGCAUCAGCUGUUCACCCACCUACGCCAAAAUUAACAUGAAGACGCACUUUUGUCCUCCUAGCAGAUCUGAUGCUUAAAUGAAAAUGGACGACUUGGUUUCGUGUAACUGAGGUAAAUAAAUCCAAGCUGUACCUGAUUGCUGCACCCCCCCCCCCCCCCCCCCCCCCCACCUGAUUUGUGCUUCUUGCUAGCCUGGGAUUGUAAAUAAUGUUCUCAUGGGUUGCCUCCAAACAAAAUAAAGUAUCUGUACAUUCA